UGGGGAGGAGCGUGGGAAGGGUCGAGGGGCGGGGCGGGGCGGGACGGCGGAGAGACGGCAAAGCGGGAGGUCCAAUGGAAAGGCCCUGCUGUAGGUUUCGGGCCCCAGCCAAUCGGGGCUCAGCGCGGGACUUUCAAACGCCUUCAGCCCAAUCAGGGCGCUUCUGCGUCUAUAAAAGGUAUCGGCGCGCGCCCAGUUUUCAGUCGUGUUUCGGCACAGGAGAAGCGCAGCUGUUCCUCUAUCGCCAUGGCCCGUACCAAGCAGACCGCCCGUAAGUCCACCGGUGGCAAGGCCCCCCGCAAGCAGCUGGCAACCAAGGCCGCCCGUAAGAGCGCUCCGGCCACCGGCGGCGUGAAGAAGCCUCACCGCUACCGCCCUGGUACCGUGGCUCUGCGAGAGAUCCGGCGCUACCAGAAAUCGACGGAGCUGCUGAUCCGUAAGCUGCCCUUCCAGCGCCUGGUGCGAGAGAUCGCUCAGGACUUCAAGACGGACCUGCGUUUCCAGAGCUCGGCUGUCAUGGCCCUGCAGGAGGCCAGCGAGGCGUACUUGGUGGGUCUGUUCGAAGACACGAACCUGUGCGCCAUUCACGCCAAGAGAGUGACCAUCAUGCCCAAGGACAUUCAGCUGGCCCGCCGCAUCCGUGGCGAGCGGGCGUAAGGCGCCGCUUUCCGCCCGUGGAAGUCCACACCCCAAAGGCUCUUUUCAGAGCCACCCA